AUGUGUGGUGGUGCAAUCCUUUCCGGUAUAAUUCCGCCCCGCGGUGUCUCCUCCGGCGACCUGUGGCCUUCGUCGGCCGAUUUCUGGCCAGCCGCUUUCGACUCAGGUGAUCCUCCGGCAAAAAGGCCCCGACCCUCCAAAGCUGAUGAUGAAAGAACCGAAAAAAAUGUGAAGAAGAAAAAACAGAGGAAAAACCUAUACAGGGGAAUAAGGCAGAGGCCGUGGGGCAAAUGGGCCGCUGAGAUCCGCGACCCGAGAAAAGGGGUUCGGGUCUGGUUAGGCACGUACAACACCGCCGAGGAGGCCGCCCGAGCCUACGAUCGGGAGGCUCGUAAAAUCCGAGGCAACAAGGCCAAGGUCAAUUUCCCCAAUGAGGACGACCUCGAUUGCCGCCGCCGGAACCCUAAUCCCGGCGAACCCGAGCGCUGCUACGAGCUGAUCGAUCCGGCCGGUUUCGAAUUGAAGCCGGAGGUGGGUGGGGAUGGCGGCGGAGGUGCGGUGGCGGCGGCUAAUUUUGCUUCGGCGGCGGCGGAGGAGGAGAACGAGGUGGAGAGGAUGACGGAGGAGCUGAUGGCUUACGAGGACUACAUGAGGUUUUAUCAGAUUCCGUAUCUAGACGGGCAGUCGGCGGAGGCGCCGGCGGCGGCGAUUGGGAUGGGUAAUCCGGCGGCGGAGACGGUGGAGCUCUGGAACUUUGGGGAAGUCUCCGGCGAAGUGUAG